GAGGCCCAGGCGUCAGAGGCCGCGGGGGGCGCUUUGGGGAGGAGAGAGCCCAGCAUCCCGGAGCUAGCGAGGAGAAGGCUCGAGGAACGGAUCGGGGCCAGGGCCAGAACCCGGGCGCGACGCGGUGGGAUCAGUGAUCCCGGCGGUGGGGGGCGCGCCCAGAGCUGCGAGCACGCGCACGCGCAAAACUCCUGUGCACGCGCACCCCUCCCCCCCGCGCGCCCCAGUGCAGGCCGCGGGCUCGGCGGCAGCAGGUGGUGCUGCUGGUGCUCUGCUGAGGCCGGAGCGGGACCGACGGAGCCGAGGCCGGAGCUGCUGCUGCCCCUGUCGCCUCCUCUGCUGCCGCAGCCCCCCCGCUCCCCGCCACCGGCGGCCGCCAUUAGACAAUAGGAGCGGCAGUCCGGGAGGGCCGCAGGAGGCAGGAAGCGCGGCCGGCCCGGCAGCGGCCCACAGCGGGAGCGGGCCCGGUGGCGGAGGGAGGGCGGCCCGGAGGAGGCGGCCCCGAACGGCGGCGGGAGGCCGGGGCGCGCUGCGGCAGCUCUGAGCGGCAGCGGCGGGGCGGGGACAAAGGCGGCGGCGGCGGCGGCGGCGGCGGCGGGGCCGGGCACCGAACGAGGCGACCGGACCGGGCCCGCGGCAGCGGCGGCGGGGAGGAGGCGGCGGCGGGGGUGGCGUCGCGUCUGCGGCGGCCUCUGCCUUCCCUCGGCCCGCAGCCCUCCCUCUCUCCCCCCACUCCCCACCCCCCACGAGUGACAUGAUGUUUCCACAAAGCAGGCACUCGGGCUCCUCACACCUGCCCCAGCAGCUCAAGUUCACAACCUCAGAUUCCUGUGACCGGAUCAAAGAUGAGUUUCAGCUCCUACAAGCGCAGUAUCACAGCUUAAAAUUGGAGUGUGACAAGCUGGCCAGUGAGAAGUCGGAGAUGCAGCGUCACUACGUCAUGUAUUAUGAGAUGUCCUAUGGCCUCAACAUUGAAAUGCACAAACAGGCCGAAAUCGUCAAGAGGCUCAAUGGCAUUUGUGCUCAAGUCUUGCCCUACCUUUCACAAGAGCACCAACAGCAGGUCUUGGGGGCCAUUGAGCGAGCCAAGCAGGUAACUGCUCCGGAGCUGAACUCCAUCAUCCGGCAGCUCCAGGCUCACCAGCUGUCCCAGCUCCAGGCCUUGGCCCUGCCCCUGACUCCGCUGCCUGUGGGCCUGCAGCCUCCGUCGCUGCCAGCUGUUAGCGCGGGCACUGGCCUCCUCUCCCUCUCUGCUUUGGGCUCUCAGGCCCACCUCUCUAAGGAGGAUAAGAAUGGGCAUGAUGGAGAUGCCCAUCAGGAUGACGAUGGUGACAAGUCAGAUUAGAGGCACAGCACUGGGGGUGGGGGGAAGAGGCUUGGUGUUUAUGGUGGCUGCUGGCACCCUGGCACCUUAGUGCCAGCUGAUCCAUAUUAAGAUGUUGCCCCCAGCCCCAACGCUUUGACUGCUCCCUGCCCCCUGCCAGCUCCUUCCCCCUUUCCCUAAAUCCCUUGGGGUGUGAAUGGGACCGGACCGGGUCGGAAGGGAAUAAAAGAAUGAACCCACCUUAGCUCCAAGCACCUCCCCCUUCCCUGUGCACAUAUGUAACCGACCCCCCCCCUUUCCCGCUCCCCCCGUUCGGCCUGUUUGCUGCGCACCCAGCACAGCAGUUCCCCAGUCCCCUCCUGGUACUGCAUGCAAUCACGGAUGCCAGCCGGCCCCGGGUUCCCCCCCUUGACCCUUCCCUCUCCCCAUGUAGAGGCUCUACCCUGUCCCCCUCCUUUCCUCCCUCUGGCCAUUUGCCUGCCUGACUCUUCCUAGGCUCUGCUCCAUCACCCACCUCACCUGGGACCUGAGCCCCUUCACUUUGGGCCAGGCACCAGGAGAGCUCAGCGGGCACAUGGGGAGGGGCAGCUGGAUGGAGAGGGCCCAGGGGACCUGCUUCCCCCCCCCCCUUGCCCACGAAUAAAGAUGAGGGUACUGCAUUUGUCUGGUUUUCUUUCAGUCUGCUAGCCUGUCUUUUAAAAGAAGGGGAAAAAAAAGAAAAACUCACCAAAAAAAAGCCCCCCCCCCCAUUUCGUGUUUGUAUAUAGUCCUUUAGACAAACUUGUUGGCUUCUGGUGUUCAUUAACCUAAUACAAAGGAGGAAUGGAGACACUGUACUAAGCUUGUACUAGCUGUGCCUUUCAAAUAAAGAUGUGAGACGGUUGGUUUAAA